AGUUCAUCUUCCAACUAGAAAAUCCAGAGAGUCAAAAUAUUACAGUGAAAAAUCUUUUUUUAAGAAACAUACUUGAUUCCAAGAAAAUCUCAUUUUCCAUGAAAGUUCAGGUUAUAAUUCGACCCUCGCCUAUUUCUCUAUAUAAUAACACUCUUCCUCCUCCCUUUCCUCUCCAAAGACCUCUCCUCUCCUCUCUUCCAUGGCUGCUUGUAUUGACACCUCUCGGCUUUCCCAGGAGCCAAACAUGUCCACAAACGACGACCAUGCAUGCAAAUAUGUGAAAACCUGUUGCCCCACUUUCUCUGAUCGUGUUUCUUGCGUACCCUUCAACAAAAGCCACACAAAAACCAUACACACACGUGGUGUUGUCAGCGAUGAUCAAGAUCUAUGGCUUAAAAUCCAGGAUGAAGCGAAAUCAGACGUCGAACAGGAGCCCAUCUUGUCAAACUACUACUUCACUUCAAUCUUGUCGCAUCAAUCUCUGGAAACUGCCUUGGCGAAUCUGCUUUCCAUCAAACUCAGCAGCUCAAGUCUCUCUGAAGGUACCUUGUAUGAUAUUUUCACAGGCGUGCUUGUGGAGGAUGAUGAAACGAUCAUUAAAGCUGUGAAGGCUGAUUUGAGAGCGGUGAAAGAGAGAGACCCGGCUUGCAUAAGUUAUGUGCAUUGCUUGUUGAAUUUCAAAGGCUUUCUCGCCUGUCAGGCGCAUAGAAUUGCGCAUAAACUUUGGUCACAAGGCAGAAAGGCCUUGGCCUUGCUGAUACAGAACCGGGUUUCCGAAAUUUUCUCAGUUGAUAUUCAUCCUGGAGCCAAAAUGGGAAGUGGGAUUUUGUUCGAUCAUGCCACCGGAGUUGUGAUCGGAGAGACGGCGGUGAUCGGUGACAAUGUUUCGAUUUUGCAUAAUGUGACAUUGGGGGGCACAGGGAAAGCGUCCGGCGACAGGCAUCCGAAAAUCGGUGAUGGGGUUUUGAUUGGGGCAGGGACUUGUAUUUUGGGCAACAUCAGGAUUGGUGAUGGGGCCAAAGUUGGAGCGGGCUCGGUGGUGUUAAAGGAUGUUCCGGCGAGGACUACGGCUGUUGGUAACCCGGCGAGAUUGAUUGGUGGGAAGGAGAAUCCUAUCAGGCUUGAUAGGAUUCCAAGUUUUACCAUGGACCAAACUUCGCAUACUCAUGAAUGGUCUAAUUAUGUUAUUUAGAGGGCUUAUUUUGGUAGCUUGGUUGUGGAUUUCAGGAGAACUGAAGUUCUCCAUUGGCAAACAGAAAGAUUUUCAGGAUUUUAUGCUAUUUAGUAAUUACUAAUUACAAUGAGAAAAUGAGAUUUUUAUGGGAAGUUUUAAUUUUGUUGUCUUUUAUGGUAUGAUUUGUUGUAAUUUCAGUCCUGGAAAUUUUGGUAGUGAAUGUGGGAGUGGGAGCUCUCUGUUUUAGAA